AUGCCAAUGUCUAGCUUGAAAAAAGUAGUUUACCUCGUUUCUCUGGUCGUGUUGGCCAUGUUACAUUCCUCAUUUAAUGCUGCUUCUCUUUUUGUGACUGAAGAGAUAGAGGCAGAUGCUCUUCUCAAUUGGAAAGUCAGUCUUCAAAACGAAACCCAAUCACACCUGACUUCGUGGACUCUCCUUCACAAUGCAACCAAUUCUUCCAGCAAUCAAAAUACAAGCUCAAUCCCAUGCAGUUGGUCCGGCAUUACAUGCAACCAAGUACGAAGUGUUAUUUCAUUAGACCUGACUAACUCAGGCUUGAAAGGUACGCUCCAUGAAUUUUCAUUCUUGUCUCUCCCCAACCUCGCAUAUGUUUAUCUCAGCAUGAAUGAACUCUUUGGCACAAUUCCUAUUGAAAUUAGUGGCCUUUCCAAACUCAUAUAUCUUGACCUGUCCUUUAAUAAGUUAUCAAGGGAAAUCCCACCACAGAUUAGGCUGCUAACCAAUCUUGAGGCCUUGCACCUUGGUGAAAAUCAGUUAAAUGGUUCAGUUCCCUUGGAAAUAGGUCAUUUAAAGUCACUCGUUUACCUUUCUUUGCAUGCCAAUGAUCUCCAUGGCUGCAUUCCUAAUUCACUAGGUAAUUUAAUCAACUUGGCUUAUUUGUACCUCCGUAAUAAUCAACCUUCUUGCUCCAUUCCUUCAGAAAUUGGAAACCUCUCCAAUUUAAUUGAUGUUGACAUGAAAAACAACAGUCUAACAGGUCCCAUUCCUUCUAGCAUUGGAAACCUAGAGCAGCUGACAUGGUUGUAUAUAUAUCAAAAUCAAAUCUCUGGCUCCAUCCCUCUAGAAAUAGGGAAUUGA